GACGAGGAUGGGUUUCAUCGCGCGGUUUUUUGCGUCGUGGCGAGGUACGCGACGCUGCAGGGGACGCAUUAUAAGGCGGGGAACAUGCAGGCGGCGAUUCCGCCGCGCGUGUUCGAGACGCUCGAAAAAAGAUUCGACGUGCGAUGCGAGCUCUUCGCGUCGCCGCUCAACGCGCACUUUAAAGAGUUUUGCAGCGCGAGCGCGAUGACGGAUCGCGCGUUCGGAUCGCUCGGAAACGCGUUCGACUUCGAGCCGAGCGAAGGGAGCUUCGAGUGUAAUCCCCCGUUCGACGAGGAAAUCAUCUUGCGUUUGGCGGGUCACGUCGAGAGGCUUUUGUCUCGCGCGAAAAAACCGCUAUCCUUUUUCGUAGUCGUUCCACUUUGGCACGACAGCCGCGGCUGGAUGCGACUGGCGAAGAGCGUGUACUGCGUCUCGAACACAACGCUCGAGGCGAAGGAACACGCCUUUGUGAGUGGCGGGCAGCACUCGCGCAUCGAUCAACUCACGCCGAGCGCGGCGCCGACGUCUGUACUUUUUCUUCAAAACAAAGCCGGAGAGAAAAAGUGGCCCGUCACGCCCGAGGGCGUGGCGGCGAUUCGCGAAGCGUUC